CUUGUCAAAACUUGUCCUGAAACAUGUGAGUUUAUUUAAAGAGUAAACAGUACUCUCAGAGUUUAAUAUCAAUAGUUUAUUGUCUAUUGUUUUUUACAUAUGCAGCAUGGCAGCCCUUCAGCAAGGAACACAGCAAAUGCCCCAGAUUGAAGACAUUGUGAAGCAGCAAAGGGAGUUCAUUAGUCAGUACAACAAGCUGGUGGAGAGCUGCUUCAAUGACUGUGUGAAUGAUUACACAUCCAGAAGUCUUCUCAAGUCAGAGACCACUUGUUCCACAAACUGUGUUGAAAAGUCCCUAAAGAAGACGCAACGAAUAUCCGAGCGGUUUUUGGAGCACCAAAUGAUGGGGUCGCAGGAUCCAAACGCAGCUGUGCAGGCACUCACAAAAUGAUGAUGGACAGUAGAUAGAGACGAGUAAUAAAUUAUUGUGAUGUUCUAGCCAGAUUUAUGCAUGGCUUGGUAAACUACAGAACACAGCAUGUGUUGAGUUUUAAGUGCUGGAAUUAACCUGAAUGUAUCCUAAAGAAGAUGAUUAUUACAAAUGAAACUGUUCAAAAAUUAGAACAUUUGUAAUUGCCUUGGUGAUUUUAUCCAGUUAAUUUAUUUCAGACUGACAUCAAUUGUAAAAUAUGGUAUAACUUCAAGAUUAACUCUUUUUCAAUGAUUUUCUAGGUGAGUUCUGGUUGAAAAAUACAAAUGCAAAAUUAUGAUAUUGAAACUCAUUGAUACCUUAUGAGUUGCGAUUCUUAUGAAUGUUACAACAAUCAAUUGAAAUGUGCUGUCCUAAUUAAUUAAUUUGGCAAGCAAUGAUUUUAUAAGCAAUAUUGUCAAAGUGCAGUGUUCAGUAUAAAAAGAAAAAGGCGGACACAAGCCAUAGGAGUGCUGUAUACAAGCAAAGCGGCUUUUGAACUGCAUUAAUUUUGUAAUUUUUGAAUUAAUUUUUAAUUUUGAUAAUUAGAAAUUCAAAGUGAUUGUGUUCAGUUUAGAGUUUAGUGAUCUUUUUAUACAAUGCAUUUUGUAUUGUCAUGUUUUUAUUGUGAAACUAUAUAGAAAUGAUAAAACGUUUAUGAAGUGUUGAAAGCUUUAUUUUAAAAUCUGUUGCCAUUGGUAUGAAGUGAAUUUUGGACAAAACUCGUCAUCGCGUAAAAGCACUAGUCAAAACAGAUGUGACAAACCAGACCAUCAACAUAACAGGGGAAUCAAAACAGACCAUCACCGUUACGGAUUAGUCAAAACAGACCAUGGUAUGUGACAAAACAAUCACACUGUUUGUGGUGCACUGGCAAAACUACUUAACAGUCGCAAUCGCAGGUUCAAGCCUCCUCCGUAUUUAAGAUACAAACCGUCUUCAGCAAGGAACUUUAAGGGGGUCCAGUGCGACAGUAACCAACACGGAGGAUUUUAAAUCAGUGGGGAAUUGAUUUGGCAGUAUGGACAAUGUUCAUGUGUUGUGUAGGAUGGUGAUGCACAAUAGGCUUGUAAUACUUACGGUGCUAACGCCUUACGGCAAUGACUGCUUAUGUAAGGUACAACUACAUGGCCGAAAUUGUAAACGUUUAAUAAAGCAUAGAAUUCCUUCCA